AUGCUUGCUGUAUGUCUGAACCUACAGGCAUGUGCUGGUGAGAAACAUGAAAAUGCUGUGACCGGCAUGAUGGCAGUGGAUGGUGAUGACGACGAAGUGGUGGAGGAAGCAGCUAACAUCUGCACUAUCCCUGCAGGGUCAGAUUUCAUCAUGUGCUACUCUGUAGCACCGGGAUUCUUUUCAUAUCGCGAUCCAAACUCUGGAACGUUCUAUAUUCAGGAUUUAUGUGAAACGCUGAAGCAGCAUGGCCCAACUAUGGAGUUCACUGAGAUCUUAACACUGGUCAACAUGAAGGUUUCCAGACUUGGGAGAGAUUUUAAUAAUAUAAAACAGAUGCCCUGCUUCACCUCCAUGCUGACUAAAAAACUCUACUUUAGGUCCAAGAAACAGUAAAGUGCCAAAUUUUAGUGUAUAACUGUUCACCAAUAUUCAUUUGGUGAUCAAUAAACAUAUUUGGUCAUAUAAGUGUUUUUUUGUUGUUGUUUUUUUUAACAGCGGAACAAACAGAAUCAAAUAAAUCUGUCCCUUUUGUUUGGUCCUUAAGGCUCUGGAGGUCAAGUAGCUCUUC